AGCCCGGUGAGUCAGAGAAGUCAGAGCUCCGCGGGACACGUGUCGGCUCCAUCCAGGGGCCCCCAGACCGGGACAUCAAUGCGCGGCAGGAGGGGGAGCCCCCGCAGGGACAGAAAGCCCGACAAGCCCGACAAUUCCGACAAGGAGGGAAGGGGGAACUUCGCUGAGACUUGAGCGAAAGUAAAGUUUGGAGAGGCGCGCAUGCGCAGAGCACGCAAAUUCAAACAGCUGUGCAAAGGGAACAGAGCGACCGAGAGAGAGGAGAGGAGAGACUGAAGAGAGAGGAGCACCAUGGUGGACAGGGGGCCCCUCCUCACCUCUGCCAUCAUCUUCUACCUGUCCAUAGGGGCCGCCAUCUUCCAGGUGCUGGAGGAACCCAACUGGAAACAAGCCACCAAGGACUUCGAUCAGAGCAAGACCAAGAUCCUGGAGAAGUACACCUGCCUGACCCUCAGGGACCUGGAGGACAUCCUGGAGACCGUGUCCAAUGCUGCCGGUCAGGGGGUGACCAUUACCGGGAACGCCACCUUCAACAACUGGAACUGGGCCAACGCGGUUAUCUUUGCAGCCACCGUCAUCACAACCAUCGGUUAUGGCAAUAUCGCUCCCAAGACGUCGCCUGGGCGCCUCUUCUGUAUAUUCUAUGGCUUGUUCGGGGUGCCGCUUUGCCUGACUUGGAUCAGUGCUCUGGGGAAGUUUUUUGGAGGACGAGCAAAAAGGCUGGGCCAGUUCCUUACUAAGAGAGGCGUCGCACUGAGGAAAGCUCAGAUAACCUGUACGGCAAUUUUCAUUGUCUGGGGUGUCCUCGUACACUUGGUAAUCCCUCCAUUUAUCUUCAUGAAGACUGAAGGCUGGGACUAUAUCGAAGGCCUCUACUUCUCCUUUAUCACCAUCACCACCAUUGGAUUUGGGGACUACGUAGCAGGAGUGAAUCCAAAGGUGACUUAUAGCGUCCUGUACAGAUAUUUUGUAGAGAUUUGGAUCUAUCUUGGACUUGCCUGGUUAUCGCUGUUCAUAAACUGGAAGGUCAGCAUGUUUGUGGAGGUUCACAAAGCCAUUAAAAAGAGGCGGAAAAGAAGGAAAGAGUCCUUUGAGACUGACCCAUGUACGAAGAAAACCAAGCAGGUCCCCAUGGCGGGUUCCAAGGAUAUAAACAUUCUAAGCUUCCUUUCCAAAAAGGAGGAAACGUACAACGAUCUGAUCAAGCAGAUCGGCAAAAACGGUUUGAAAAACGGUAGAGAGAGGAUCCUUAACGGUGAACUUCCCGGGAGCGCGCCCAACAAAAGGAAGGAGAUGAUGGUGGUGUACAACAAACGCAACAGUCUUGGGUUCGACGCGGUUACCUUCUCCAGCGGCCUUCCGAAACCCAACGGCAUGAGGCCUCUCCAAGACAAGGAAGCCACGAUCUUCAUCAACCAAUUGGACCGGAUCAGCGAGGAGGAAUCUGAACCCUGGGAGACCAAAGAUUACAAGCCUUUGAUUUUCCAAAACAACAUUACUUUCGUGAACGUGGAGGAGGAAUGUGAUCUGUCGGAGGAGGACGAGGAAAAAUCCAAGUCUUCCAUAGAGGAAAAUAACGAGCCCCCUGAGACUCCCACCAGACUCGACGAGUUUACUUGUCUAGACGAGGAGUCUUUUUCCAGCAACGAUGCGGAGGAAACGGUUCCGUAUGAACAGCUUCUAAACGAGUACAAUAAAAUCAAUAACAUGGGAGAUACGUGAAGACCGUGAGAUCUUGGGACUCGUUGACUAGGCGUUGGGGGGGAGGGGAUAUUUAAAGCAAUGGUUGGUGAAGUCAAAUGUUCUUGGAGUAAAGUUGGACCAAGUGAACAUUCUGCCAUGGAAAUGGUGACACUUUUUGAGUGUUUGGUACAUUCCUACACUGGACAACGUAUAGUGAAGGUCUUGCCAGAAGACCUCGAUGUCAAAUUCCGAUGACAUCAGUGCCUUUUUGACAAAAACGUGACAUUUUUCGCUCCCUGCCUUCUGUGUCCAUUUAAUUUCUUUUAUGAAAAUACUUGAAUUUAUUAGAACUGUGGCACUCUUGUGUAUAUAUAUAGAUUGUGUUUUAGUUGCACUGUCUUGUGACAAAAUGUGUACUGAGAUGUCCAUGUCAUGAAUGAGUGGCAGAACAAUUUUUUUUUUGAGGGGCUCGGCAAUCAAGGAGGGGGUUCAGGUUCUUUAAAAUACAGUGGAACCUCGGAUUACGAGCAUAAUCCAUUCCAGGAGAACGCUCGUAAUCCAAAGUACUUGC